UAUCAACUUACAGCCUCAACAGGGAAAGAAGAUGCUAAUUAAAGUGAAGACGCUGACUGGAAAGGAGAUUGACAUUGACAUUGAACCCACAGACAAGGUGGAGCGAAUCAAGGAGCGUGUGGAGGAGAAAGAGGGAAUCCCACCACAGCAGCAGCGGCUCAUCUACAGUGGCAAACAGAUGAAUGAUGAGAAGACAGCUGCUGACUACAAGAUUCUAGGCGGCUCUGUCCUCCACCUGGUCUUGGCUCUGAGAGGAGGAGCUGGUCUUAGGCAAUGAUGAGUCUUCCCUCUACUUUACCUCCUUUACCCUAUCGCUCGUAAUGAAGCAUAUGUUCUCUCACUGGCUGGGACGCCCAAGCUAUCGCCCUCUCUCUUGG